UGUUUGUUCCCAGCCUCCCCUCAAGAAAGUUUCCUGUGACAUCAAGAUCAAGAUUGAGGUCGAGCUUGUUUACAAUAUGGAGCUGAGCUGACCAAGUCUUCUUUAAUCAUGUUUUCCGGCCAUUACACGAUAUGAAUGAGGAGUGUGAGAUCAGCCUGGUGUGUGCUGAUGAUGACACUGAUGAGGAAGAGAGAGACAGUGGUGGUGGUGGGUCUUACAAGCCUACUACAACUACUACUACUACUACUACUACUACUACUACUACCACUACUUCAGAGGGUGUAUGUUUGGUGUGUGACCGGAGGGUUCGUGUCACCCCGCCUGGGUCCGGGGUGCAGCACCUCCUCCUGCUGGGCCCCGGGGACGCCUCAUCGCACCCCCUGCCGCCCCCCCUCACACCCCUGCUGGAGGAGGUGAUUCAGGACACACUCACGCCGGAGGAGGCAGAUGGUGUGGGGCGUCACCGUCUAUGCCAGCGCUGCCACCGCCUGCUGGAGGAGCUGGCGGGGCUGAGGCAGAGGGCGAGGGUCAUCACCAACACCCUCGCUGCCUGGUACGGAAGAGCUGCUCUGCGACGAAGGGGGGGAGCUGCCAAGGGGGGUGAGGCUACAGAGACUGCUACUACUGCUACUACUACAAGACUUUCAAUUCCAACUUCUACUAUUACAAGCUUUUUUAUUCCUCUUCCUACUACUACUACUACUGCUACUACUACAAGGUUUUCCAUUCCUACUUCUACUUCUACUACUAUUACAAGCUUUCUGAUUCCUACUACUACUACUACUACUACUAUGAGCUCUACUAUGCCUACUACUACUACUACUGCUACUACUUCCACCCACUACAAUCCUAACUCACUCUCUUCCACCUAUAACUCUAUAUACUCCACCACCACUACUACUGCUCCACUCUAUAGCUCCACCUGCCACUCCUUAGAACCCACAAUCAUCAAAGUGGAGGAGGAGGAGGAUGAGGAGGUGGAAGAGGAGGGCCUAAGAGUGGAUGACCCAGAGUUUAAUCCAGCCUUUGAUAACAUGUGGAUGGGUGGAAGAGGAGGAGGAUGGAAGAGGGGAAGAAGAGGAAGAGGAAGAGGGAGAGGAAGAGGCCGGGGGAGGGGGAGGGGGAGGGGUAGGGGGCCCGGACGACCCCCUAAGAGUUCCAGUCGGACAAGGGCAGUGGCGGCAGUGUCGAGGGAGUGCCUGGGGACGAGAAUGGGGGAUGAUGAAGAGGAGGAGGAAGAGGAGAGAGGAGGGAGGAGGAUAAAGAAGAAGGAAGAAGAGGAGGAGGAGGAAGAAGAAGAAGAGGAUAGAGAAGAAGCAGAGAGGAUAGCGGAGGAAUCGACUUCAGCGGCGACAACAACAACAACAACAACAACAACAACAACAACAACAACAACAGGAGGAGGAGGAGGAGGAGGAGGAGGAGAGCUGCUAGAAAUUGAGGAGGAGGAGGAGGAAGAAGAAGAUGACUUGGAGGAGGAGGAGGAAGAGAAGGAGGAGGAGAGCAGAGAGAAGAAUAAGAGGAGGAAGACAUGGGAGGAGGAGGAGGAGGAGGAGAUGAUAAAGAAGAAGAAGAGGAAGAUGAAGUGGAGAAAGGAAGAAACAGAGAAGGAGGAGGAGGAGGAAAAGGAAUUAGAACCAAAUCUAAAAGAGGAAGAGGAGGAGGAGGAGGAGGAGGAGGAAGAAGAGGAAGAGGAAGGAGGUGGAAGAAGAAGACCGGAACACCAACCCAACCUCACUCACAUGCACACAAACACACACACACACUCAAACACACACACACACUCAUGCCCCAAAUGUGGUCUGGUUGUGAUUCGGUCAAGCGCUGUGAAACACCACAUGCGCAAAAUCCAUGGGGUGGAGGGGGCAUCUGGGCAUGGGGGUGGGGGCGUAGGGGGCGUAGGGCAUGUGGGAAGCACGUCACCUACCCACGCACACCCACACGCACCCACACACGCACACCCAUGCAAAACGUGUGGUAGGAAUUAUGCAUCCGCUGGUGGGCUGCACAACCACUGGAUAUCGGCUCACAGCGGGCGUGUGUUCACCUGUGGGGUGUGCGGGAGGGGCUUCACACACCCUAGGAACCUCGCCAGUCAUAGGGUGCGGCAUAGGGAGAGGCGUGUGGGGUGCCAGCUGUGUCCCGCGAGGUUCUAUUUACGAGCGGAGUUGCAUAAGCACGUCAAUCAGGUUCAUCGCAAGUGUCGGCCGUACGUUUGCGAUGAUUGUGGGCGCGCCUUCUGCCAGCGGUCCGUCCUGAGGCACCACCAGGCUACCCACGCCCACCGCCCACUCCCCGGUCGCCCCACGCAUGCCCCCCCUGCCCUCCGUGCCCCUGGAAAUGCCCUCGGAAAUGUCAGUGUUUCUGUGGGUGAUCCUGAUUUGGUUACUGCCCAUCCUGUUUCCCGUUCUCACCCUCUUGCUCCUCCACCCCCCUCUCAGCCUCCCAGUGCAGCCCCCCACCCCUCUCAGCCCCCCAGCACAGCCCCCCAUCCUUUCCCAGUACCCCUUUCCCUCCCCAACCCAUCUUCAGCUUCCCUUUCUCUCCCCAACCCAUCCUCAGUAACCCAUUCCCUUCCCCAUCCCUCCCUAGCUUCCCUUUCUCUCCCCCACCCAUCCCCAGCUCCUCUUUCCAUCCCCCCACCCUCAGCUGCCCCCCAUCACCCCUCCCCCCCUUCCUCCCCUCCCCCAAAGAUCAUAAUAGUACAUCGUGUGAGGGUGAAGAAGGGGAAGGUGGACCCCCACCACCCCAUGCCCCUUCCUUCCCCCUCUCUCCCCCACCCCCAGAACUACCCCCCUCCCCCUCCUCCUCCUCCUCCUCCCCCAGCUUUUGAUCUCUUUGGGGAGGUGCUGGGUCUUGGGGAGGAGGAGGAAGAGGAGAAGAAGUAGGAGGAGGUUGGGGUGGUGUUGGAGGGGAGGGAGAGGAGAAAUCAGUGAACUAAUUUAGGGGUUUUCAAGCAGGGGGGAAGGUUAGGUGUGACCCGUGCUGUUGUGUCAGACAGUGUUGGACAUGUUGGAGGACAUUCUGACAUAUGGUGAGAGAAAAGGCUGCAGGGGCCAGAAAGAUUGAGAACCAGUGAGCUUGUUAAUGCCAGUCAGUCAGUCAGUUAGAUAAUCAGUCAGUCAGUCAGUCAGCCAGCCAGUUAGUUAGUCAGUCACAUAACUAGAUCAUCAUCAUUGUCAUCAUCAUUAUUUUCAUUUCCAUUGUCAGUGUCAUCUUAGUACAAAAUAAUUACCUCAGUACAAAGAGAGAUGGAGGAAUGGAGGGAAGAAGAGGAGGAGGAGGAGGAGGAGGAGGAGUCAGCAACCUUAAAACAAUGUCAUUAAAAGGAAGUGAAGGAAGAAAAUAUGAAAAAAAUUAAGAUGAAUAAAAAAAUAUAAUAAAAAUGGAAGAUGAUUUUAAUUUUUGUAUUAUGAAAUCACUUUAAUUUUUACCUUGUCUGUGUGUGUGUGUGUGUGUGUGUGUGUGUGUGUGUGUGUGGUGAUGGUGGUGGUGGUGGUGUUGACCCAGCCAUGUGUUCUAUGUAUUUCAGGAAACGGAGGUGAUGAUGGUAUUGGUGUUGAAAGGGUACUGGUGUUGUAAGGAGCGGUGUUGGUGGUGUUAGUGGUGUUGUGAUGUGUUCUAUUAUGUUCCAGGAAGAGGAGGUGGAGGUGGAAGCGGAAGAGGAGGAGGAGGAGGAGGAGGCUGCCGAGAGAGUGCCAAAUCUUCAAGCGCCUGGCACCCCACAGACCCCCGCCCCCCCUGGCCACCCCAACAUCCUGAAAGAGGAGGAGGAGGAGGAAGAGGAAGAAGGAGGUAGAGCUAUGGAUGUGAGAGCUAGAAAUAAGAGGAAGAAGAAUGAAGAGGAGGAGGAGGAGGAGGAGGAGCGAAAGAAGAAAGGGAAGGAGGAAGGAACAGAGGAGGAGGAGGAGGAGGAGGAAGACAGUAUGGGAAUGGAAACAAAAAGAAAAAAAAAGAAGAAUGAGAGAAAGGAAGAAACAGAGGAAGAGGAAGAAAAAGAAGAAGAGGAGGAAAUAGCAGUGGGAGUGAACUGUCGAAAUACCAGAAAUAAAAAUGGAAAAGGAAGAGAGGAGGAGGAGGAAAUGACUAUGAAUGUAAAUACUAGAAAUAGGAAAGAUGUAAGAAUGAAAGGGAAUGAGGAAAAGGAGGAGGAGGAGGAGGAAGAGACCAACCAAGAUAUGGGUACGGAUGAGAGGGGGCAUAGGGGCAGACACAAGGGGCAUGGACGAAGGCGUUACACCCGUCGCGCACAUCUCAUCCACCUCUGUAAAUUCUGCAUGAAGGUCCUGCCCACUGGAACCGCCCUUCGCCGACACCAGCGGGCACACACCAACGUGGAGUGCCAGUUCUGCGGGAAGGUUCUGGCGCGGAUCGGAGCCUGGGAGAACCACCUACUGGCAUUCCACGACGUCGAAAUCCAAGUCCCCGGUGGCAGUGUCUCAGGGCGUCCCAGGGAGGAGGUUACAUGUGGGGAGUGUGGGCGGAGGUUUUUGUCCCGUGCGGCGCUGUCGUACCACGCUACCAUCCACGCCGGGGAGCGCCACGUGUGUGAGACAUGCGGGAAGGUUUUCACGCACCCGGCGAAUCUACGGUGCCACAUGCAACGGCGCCACGACGUCGAGAAAUGCCAUGAGUGCCGGAAAUGUGGGGAUCGGUUCCACACGAAUUUCGCUCUGUUGACGCAUGAGAAUCGGGUUCACCGCGACGCCCGGCCCUGGUCGUGUCGCCUCUGCCCGAAGAAGUUCACCAGGUGCGCCGCCUUGACGGACCACCUCAGGGUACACACCGGGGAGAAGCCGUACCCCUGUGGGACCUGCGGUGUGGCCUUCAGAAAGCCACACCACCUGAAGGCACACUCCCGCCAACACCAACCACCUCGGAUAGUCAACUCAACUACUACUACUACUACUACUACUACCGCUACUACUACUGCUACUGCUACUGCUACCCUAACAUGCCCGCUAUGCCCUGGUGCCUUCUUCCUCCAUCGACUGUCCUACGAACGACACCUCCGAGCGCGGCACCAUGACCCCCCUCACCCCCCAUCCCUUGCCCCUUCUCCAGCCCCCAAGAGGAAAGGAGAAGAGGGAAUGGAGGAGAUUGUAAUGGUGGAGGAGGUGGAGGGGGAAGAGGGGCAUGGAGGAGGAGAAGAAGGGGGGCAGUGUGUGAUUAUAUUGUCGGAGGUGGGGAGUGUCGCCCCCCCUGCCCACCACCCCCCUUUCACCUCCUCCACCUCCUCCUCUUCCGCUUCUUCCUCUUCCACCGCGAUGCAUAUACAAUUUCUUAAGGAGGAGGGGGGGCCUGGGGGGGUGGAGGGGGGGCAGUUUCAAGUGGAGGUCAAUGGGGAGAUUUUUGAGGUUUAUUCAGUGGGUGCCCCCCCUGAGUGACCCCCCUCCCCCACCCCCCUUCAGUAACCCCCUCCAGUCCCCCCUAGCCCUACUCCCCCCUCAGUCCACAAACCUCCCCUCUUCCACUUCACCCCCCCAAUCCUCUAUCACCUCCCACAACCCCUCAACUCCCCUCUU